GAACGGGAAAGCAAGAAGCUAGAAGGCAAGCGAGGGAGGGUGAGUGAGGCAGGAUAUACAGUGGGAGGUAUAGCUGCUGAGACUGCAGGAGAAAGAGAGAGAGACGGGGAGAGAGAGAGACGGGGAGAGAGAGAGAGAGAGAGAGAGAGAGAGAGAGGUUGGGCUGAGCACUCGCUGCAAUCGAAGAGAGACCUGCAUCCCUCUUAGAUCCUCUGCAGCCCUCUCUAUCACACACACUUACACACAAAUACACACAAACACACACAUGCUCAACAGGACAGCAUCUCAGCGCCAAAGCCUGCACAGCCUGCACUUGUUCACUGCCUCCUGCGCUCCACUUCUCUGUUAAUAGUAACUGCGUCAGAGGUCGGAUAAGCUCCAUAAUGCCCGGGGAAACGCAGGGCUUGCUGGAUACAGACACAGAGCUUCCAGAUUUGUCCAGACAAGCAUCAAGCUCUACAGCAUCUACUCCGACAGACAGUGCCUCCAGUCCGUCGCCAUGCACUCCACCCAAGCUCUCCCCACAACGUAUCACCCCAUUUGGACCCCGCUUGGUUAUGUCCAAGCCAAACACUUUCACGAGGCCUCAACCAGAAGGUGCAAGCUUUGAUUCAGACAGGCGGACAACAGGCCGGCUAACAGGACGAUUCGGUACAUGCAGAAGGGGGCCGAUGAAAAUGGAGAGGAUUAAAGUUCUAACUGGGUCUGAGGUGGAGAGUGACUACCAAGAACCUGAGUCUAUGGAUACAAGGGUGGUUAUGGGGCAAGAAACAUUGCUGAAGAACAUGGAGACACAGAUAGGAGUCCUGCUAGGCAAAAAAGCAAGUAAUGAAGAAUCAAGUUCAGACAACAAACCCUUAGAUUCUUCUGCUCUUCCAAUGGAGAAACAGACCAUGGCAAUGGAGAAAGUUAAACUUGACACUGGUCAAGAAAGUCAGAAAUCUGACCAGGAUACGUCUUUAACCCACAACCCUGGACAGGAGAGAGGCUGGGAUGAGCUGCUUGAAUGCUCAGUUCUGGAAUCCAAAGCAACAGAUACUGAGCUAAAAAACAACCUUUUCCCAGAUGAUGAGGGGAAUGUAUUACCUUUAUCUCAGGGUGAAGUGCCUUCCUUAUCCUUUUCUGAGCCCACCUACCCAGUUGACCCACAACGCAUUGGUGUCCUUCCUGGUCUGGACCCAGAUCGUUAUUACACAGCACCUUCCACCCCUAUUAAGAUGGCCUACUGCUCACAUCCCAAGCAACAAUGGCAACCAAGCAGCUCAAGCCCAGGUCCUGGUUCUCCAACUGAUGAAUCGGAUCUAUGUUCCCCUCCCACUUCUCCCUCUGGAUCCUACAUGACUGCUGAAGGUGGCAGUUGGACUUCCUCUUAUACCUCUGGGACCUCACACUCCUGUUCACCAAACCUGAUUGCGGAAGCUGAAUUGCAGGAAGUGUCUGCUUGCUAUGUGGGCUCGCUUUCUGAAAUUGGGGAUGAACUGGGAGAUGAACGACAUGUAACUGAGAGAGAGCACUGUUAUUGCAAACCUGCUAUGCCAGAACUGGUUGAGGGCGAAGAACAUGAGGAAGGAAGGGUGAGGAGGGAGAAUUGUAGACCACACUGGGUGACUGAUAAUGAUUCCCCACACGAGAGCAGUGGCAGAAACACAGACUCAGAAGAUGGGGUAGAGGGAUCUGAGGUCUCCUUAGUCCAAGCAGAAAUUCAGAGAGCCACUGAUAUAACCCAGUCUUUGGAUGAUCCAGAUCAGGACCUAGAUUUGGACUUUGAUGUCUGCAUUUCAGAGCACUUUUCUAGACAGGAUGCCCCGCUUAGCGUGGAGGAAGACUUUCCUUCAGAUUUGGCAAGUUCUUCUCUGUUCAGUCACCAACUCACAACAGCUUCAACCCCCUUGGAAACUGAAAGCCUGACCCCUGCUACUUGUUCAUCAGAGGUGUCAGACACUGACAAUAACAGCUUAUAUAGUGAGAUGGGAUCAUCUGCUCUGUUUUUUCAAGGGUGCACCAUGGAGGAUGUAUCUGUGGUGGAUGGGAUGUUUCCUGCUUCCAAGCUCCCUGUCCAUGCAAGCUUGAUAUUCCAGGCCGAUUCAAUGGAAAUUACACUAUUUCCUACAGAUGAGGAGCCGGACAAUGAUGUGGAUGCAUACGCUGCUGGGGAGGAAGAAGGUGAUGUGGAUGAGUAUGACGAUGAAGAUGAUGUUGACAUAAAUGGCGACAGUGAUUUGGGUGAGCAAAUAGACGCCAUAAGGAUUGGAGAAAGGCGUGUAGACGAGCCAAAGGAAGAAGAUACGUCUGCAUCUUUCUUAAAUUCACUUUCAGAGAACUCAAUAAAUGAAGGAGUUGAUGAGUCAUUUGCUUAUCAGGAUGACACAGAGGAUUCAAUUGAUUCAACCUCCUGUAAUGGAGAUGACGAUCACCUGUACAGUACAGAGAGACAUGCUGAGCUUACUCAGCAAUUUCCUGGGCAAGAUGAUCAUGUGCAACCAAUAAUCCAUGCACAACCAGAAUCUACUGGAAGUGAAAGUGAAAUGGACAUCUCUUCUGGAUCCUCUGGGCCUAAUUUAAUAGUUCAUCAUUAUAUGCCAGUAUCUACAGCAAAUGAUGAAGACAUGAGCACAACCAGAAAAUCAGAGGAAUCAACUGCAGAUAAAGUAGUUUCUACAAGUGAUGUUAAAGAACAAAGUGAGAGCACAGAUCUACAGGACACAGUAGAGACAGAAAAUACACCCUCUGUGGAGUCUCAACAGACAGUUCAGAUCAACACUCAAGACUUAGAAAAUCAAGCUAAGUUAAAACAGCUAGAUGAAAUAUUACAAACAUGCCAAAAACCAGUUCUUUGUAUGCUUGGUGCAACAGCUGCAGGCAUGAACUAUGAGUCAAAUAUUCAAGAACUAGAUGAAAAAAAUAGAAACAACUCUGAAUUUAUGGAUACAUCACUCCGGCUUGAUGAUACAGAAACAAAUGAUCUUAACAAAGGAGUUCCUUUGCUGUCUUACCCCAAGGAUGACUGUAGCCCCACAAACAUACCAGUUUGCGCCUAUCCUGAGUUGUCUGAUGUACCAGAUAACUUAAUUCCUGUUGAUAUUUCCCCAUCUGAACACUCCCUUGACCAAGACAAUCUCGCAGAAAAUCAACCUUGCACUGAUGAUGUAAGUCAUGGCUCUUUAAACAUGUCCUACCGCAUGUUAGCCAUUUCACCGAAGAAAGAAAACUCUCAAAGCAGCCUGACAGAACAGAGUGUUUUGCCAGAAGGUUGGGAUCCAGUAGCGCCCCUGUCUUUGGUAAAGUGCUGUGGAUUUGAUGCAGACAAUGUACUCAUGUGUGAGAUAGCUGGAUCACUGCACAACAAGGGCUUAUCUGUAACUUCCAACUUUGCAGCUGGAGAUAACAUCAUAGCUGACAUUGAGGACAACAGCUACUCUGACUUGCCAGAAAAGAUGACAAAUAAUGAAACCGGCUCACUAGAGCCAAAUUUGGCACCUUGGAAAUCCAUUGAGGACCUGUCAGAGGCAGGAGGGGGUGAGGAUGAUGCAAACAACCUUCAAAAUCCUGAAAAUAAUGCACUUUUACAACGUUAUUCUGAAGAAAUUCUGGUAACCUCAUGGAAUGACCCAGAAAAGACUCCACCCGGUAUUCCAAGUACACAAUCAACACUUGUGUCAUUAAAUUUCCUUUCACAAGAUGGGAAAGAUGAAAAAGAUCAAACUCAUAACACUGAGUUUAACAUUCCUGGGGAACCCACAUCAAGCAAAUGCAAAGAAAAGAGUUCUGACGUUUCUCUAACACAGCCCUUGGAAGGCCUGGGAUCAGCUCAAGAAGUUGCUGGAGCUCAGAUUUCUGCUUCAACAAGAUUAUACAAACAAAAUGAUAAGUGUAGGCCAACAGAGGUUUCUGAUAUAUCAAACAACCUAACAGUUUAUGAAGCCCCCAAACAAAUUUGCCAUGUAAAUACAGAUUCUACAGCCUUGGAAAACAACACCGUAUUUAAGUUGCAAGGAGGGUCGUUUGGCACUUUUGAUUUCAGAAAAAGAUUCAGUGACUCAAAACCUGGUAAUUUCUCACUGAAAAAUGCUCUAGAACUUAAAAAGACUGCAAUGUGUUCUCAUGAGGGGGUAGGAAGUGAAGAAAAUAUUCAAGAUAUUAUACUGUCUGAUGGAAUAGUAAACAAUCAAACCGAUUAUGGUGGUCAAGUGGCUCAGAGUCUGUUAAGUCAACCAAAGGUAGAAAUGACCUUUGAUGAUCUAAAAACAAAAGAGGACAAAGAGACAUGUCUAAAUGUGAAGGUAAACGAGGAUGACGAAAAGCAAACUCAUCUUUUGGAAAAAAACAAAGAGGACACAGAGGUUUUACAGAAAUCGAUUUGUCAUGAGAGGAAAAAAACUGACUCAGAUUGUGGCGUUAUACCAAAGAAACCCGUCAUAGUUGACAGCAGUGGAGCAGUUGCUUGCAGAAAGAAAAAGAAAGAGACACACAAAAAAGAAAGUAUAAUCACGACUCAAACCAGUCAAACUGCUGACACUGGUAACCAAUUAACUCAAGAGACUCAACAGGAAAUACAGCCAAAAUAUUCCAGCAAAACUCCAGCAGUAAUCUCCAACACCAGUACUUCAGAAAAAAAGCCUGCUGUCACAGAAUCAGUGGGUUUGUCAGAGACAAAUGGUCUUGCCAAGUCAGAACAACAAGAAGCACUUGAUCAUAGCUCCUUACAAGGGCUUAAAUCUCACAAAAGCACACAAGACGUCAACGAUGCUCGUGUCAGGGACAGGUUUGCUUUUGGAACAGAUAGUUCAGAACAUCCACAGAACAGGCGUCCACAGAACUCAUCUACAGUUUUACUGGAGGAGGACCUUUCUAUGCCUAUACAGGAGUCACAGUCAUUAUUUGAAAGUUCUAGCAUGAGUAAUCUUUACAUUUGUACCAAACAAGCCCAAAAUAAUAGGCCAUCUCAGCAGAAGUCCAACGUGGAACAGCCAGCUAUUGAGUCAAAGGAAGUUUCCUUUCCUAUACAAGACACAAACCAAAGGGUCAAUAAACAGUCAAAAUUAAGGUCAAAGAUACAUCGAGCAGGGAACCCAGAAGUAGGUUCCUUUAUUGAAACUGACAGUGAUGGUUCGAUUCCGGAACUGGAAGAGCCAGACGUAAGUCUUCAGAGGCCCUCAGACCCACAGAUAUCACACACCACCACUGAGGAAUCAGUGAGUAAAACUAAGCAGAGUAGAAGUGAGAAGAAGGCACGAAAGGCUAUGUCAAAGCUUGGACUAAAACAGAUCCAUGGAGUGACUCGCAUUACCAUCAGAAAGUCCAAGAACAUCCUGUUUGUUAUUACACGCCCAGAUGUCUUCAAAAGCCCUGCAUCUGAUAUCUACAUAGUCUUUGGGGAAGCGAAGAUUGAGGACCUGUCACAGCAGGUGCACAAAGCUGCUGCAGAGAAAUUUAAGGUGCCCCUCGACCCCUUACCUUUGACUCCUGACAUCAUACCCAGUCUCACCAUUAAAGAGGAAAGUGAAGAGGAAGAGGAGGUGGAUGAGAGUGGACUGGAACAAAGAGAUAUUGAGCUGGUGAUGGCUCAGGCUAACGUUGGCCGUGCUAAGGCUGUCCGUGCACUACGUCACAACAAAAAUGACAUUGUUAAUGCUAUUAUGGAGCUAACCAUGUGAGAAAAGAGGUCUUGCCUGUCCCUUGCUUCUCUUUCUGGCAUAGCCAUCAUCGCCCGUCCCAGUAAUGCUGCUACACUGUACCUUCAAUAUUCCAUACUUGCUGAAUAAACUGUAAAACAAAAUAAUA